GGGGCAAGAAUGUGUGUCCUCAGCCGAGUCGUUGUUCCGAGUCACCCGAGAGUGGAGGACUGCCUAAGCUUACCUCCGCUCAGUGGCUUGCCCAAGAAAAUGGACGUGUUCCUAGUAUUGACUGUGGAAAAGAGAGAGCCCGAAGGAGAGGUGACUGUGCUAAAAGGAAUUCAAACUAAGAAAACUAAAAGAGGGGGCAAAAAGAACCUUCCAGAUUGUGCCCUAAGUGAUAGGAAAAGGAACUGUGCAUCUAACGGGGCAGAUGCUGAAACAGAGCCUGAUCCACAAGGAAGUCAGCGUGGCACAACUCCACAGGUUUCUGAUGGCAGAGCAAUCGGCGAGCCCCCUGGGGUGACCAGUGCUGAGGAGAGCCUUGUCAAAGAGAAGCUGAGUUCAGAGUCAAGUCUUCACGGAUUAUGUGCAACCAGAGCUGCAGGGCACAGCGAGCAGAAGCCAGAGGCAGCCUCUUCAGAACCAGAGGAAACCAAAACGAAAGGAGAAGCUGGGGAAAGGAAGGAACAUUUGCAUAUUGACACUUUAAAAUGCGUCUCUGAAGUGGACAACAGCUGCUCGCAAACUGAAAAAGACUUCACUUCUGAAAAAAUAUUUCAAGAAGACACCGUCCCACGAACACAAAUCGAAAGAAGAAAAACAAGCUUGUAUUUUUCCAGCAAGUAUAACAAUGCAGCUCUUAGCCCCCCACGACGUAAAGCCUUUAAGAAGUGGACACCUCCACGGUCACCUUUUAACCUCGUCCAGGAAACACUUUUUCACGACCCGUGGAAGCUUCUCAUUGCAACUAUAUUUCUCAAUCGGACCUCAGGCAGAAUGGCCAUACCUGUGCAAACCUGGGAGUUUCUGGAGAAGUACCCUUCAGCCGAGGCAGCCAGAGCCGCAGACUGGAGAGAUGUGUCCGAACUUCUCAAGCCGCUUGGUCUCUAUGAUCUCCGAGCAAAAACCAUCAUCAAGUUCUCAGAUGAGUACCUGACAGAGCAGUGGAAAUAUCCAAUUGAGCUUCAUGAGAUUGGCAAAUACGGCAAUGACUCCUACCGAAUUUUUUGCAUCAGCGAGUGGAAGCAGGUGCACCCUGAAGAUCACAAGUUAAGUAAAUAUCAUGACUGGCUCUGGGAAAAUUAUGAAAAACUAAGUCUGUCUUGAAACUUUCAAACUUGCCUUUUAUGCAUUGCGUUGCACUUCAGUUCUUAGCUCCAGCAGCACACCCAGCCACUUUUUCAGAGAUGUAGAUUUUAAUAAACCCAACUAGAAGCC